AUGGAGAGCGAGGCGAUGCAUGCGCGGAUCGAUCAGCUCAUACGUCUUUACGAAAGUCGGAGCGCUGGAGCUAAGGACGUCUUCGCCAUUCCAUUGCAUCUCUUAAAGGACAAGAACAUGAGGGAGCGUUUCAACCUGUACCUGAGGUAUCAAGGAGGACGCGAGCUUGUGUCGGGUCUUAGGGCUAGCCUUGCUGACGACACCUUUGCACAGGAUGAUCCCUCUUCUUCAGCUUUACCAUUGAAGCUGAGGGAAGUGUCGAGGGCUGUGAAAAAGUUCCUCGAUGAGAAAUGUCGGAACCAAGUAUUCGCUUAUAAGAACCUACGCCACUUGGCUGACCUGAAGAAUCUUGAUGCCAAGACGCCGGCCUUUCCGCGUGUGAUACAUUUCCACGAAGGUCCGACCAAUAGUGGCAAGACUUAUGCAGCUAUGCAAGCACUCCGUACAGCGAGUCGAGGAGUAUACUGUGGUCCGCUUCGGCUUCUAGCAUGGCAGUGCUUUGAGGAUCUCAAGGCCAUGGGGCUCGAUUCUGAUCUCAUCACUGGCCAGCUGGACGCUUCAGCGGAGAAUACCGAAACAGGCGUCGGGACCCACCUUUCCUGCACUGUUGAAAUGUGUCCUGGCCCCGGCAGCGUGGAGUAUGAUGUUGGUGUGAUCGAUGAAGUUCAGUUGGUCGGUGAUCGAGAACGCGGUGGAGCCUGGACUAGGGCCAUAUUGGCUCUCCCAGCUCGUGAGAUACACCUCUGUGGCGACGGCAGGGCAACGGAACUCGUAGAAACUUUGUUGGGAACGUAUCGCCCUAACGAUGUCGUGGUCCGUCAUAAACCGUACUCCCGUCUUAGCCCCUUGUUUCUCUCCGGUAAGGCCAUCGGUUCCUACCGUAGUCUUAGAAAAGGAGACUGCGUAGUGGUAUUCAGUCGCUGGGAUAUCAUGCGGGUUAAGGCGGAUAUCGAGCGCUCCACAAGGUGGCGUGUCUGUGUUGUUUACGGUACUCUUCCGCCAGAAACUCGGCGUGACCAGAUCAAUAGCUUCAAUCGUCAAGAGUUCGACGUUCUCGUAGCCAGCGACUGUAUUGGCCUUGGUCUCAACUUCAACAUACGCCGAGUAAUUUUCUCUACUGUACAUAAAUAUGAUGGUAUUGAGACGAGGCAACUCUUACCAACUGAAUUUCGCCAGAUUGGCGGUCGAGCUGGACGAUACGGCCUCUCUGCCGGAGCUGAAGGGGGUGUUGUUGCAUGCAUGCACGAGGAUCAUCUGCCAGCGCUCUUCGCCGGUUUUGGCCUCGAAUGGACUGAAGAUACCUUCGAGAAAGAAGUCCCUAACCAGUUGAUUAUUUCCGACACUGUCACUCAAGCUGCUUUACUCCCUGAAAGCAGCAUUCUCAGUGCCUUCCAUUGCGAAGCGGCGGCUGCUCUAGGAGAGGAGUGCUUAUCAGCUGCCAAAGUUUUCAGUACUUUCGCAGAUGUUGCUCAUACCGACCCUAUAUGUUAUCUGGGAACCUGGUCUAAUCGGAUGGCCAACAUUGCCAAAUGCUUGGCUGAUAUCGAGGAAUUGUCCUUCCAGCAAGUGGUUGAGUUCUGCUCGGCUCCGGUAGAUCCUAACGAUCCUAUAGUGCUCAGCGGGUUGAGAACCUUCGCCCAGUCCUUAGUGGCAACGAAUCAAGUCCCCCUCCCUGAUAAUAUGGUAUUUGAUGCCCAAACCCCGACAACGGUGUCCGCAGUGUUCCAUCUAGAAAGGAUAUGUCAAAUAUACGAUCUUUAUCUAUGGUUGGCACGAAGAAGCAACCCCUUGGUGUAUAGAUCCGAGAAGGAAGCGCGCGAGGCUCGAGCGGAGGUCGUGGAGGCGAUUACGAAUGCUAUCAGAGGCCAAUUGGAGAUCGAUUCAUCCGAAGACGUAGUCGCCCGGGUUGCCGAACAGUUGAUGGAUGAUGAUCUUCCUGGGAGUCGACGUAAGAUCAGAAGCAUCGAGCUUGGGUCGGUGUCAUGACUCG